AUGCGUCGGCGAGCGUCACUUCUGUCCGAAUUUUCUCAGCUGAUCGUCAACACCCAGCUUACUGCACAUCCAACCAAGCACCACAGUCUUCGUGUAGAAUUCGCAUCAACGAAGGACCUGGAGGCUGCCGGUGAAGUUAUAACAUGGCCAAUCCCGAAUUCGGACCUCCUUGAUAUAGCGGGCACUUCGGAUUCUAACGUUGAUCCUGUUGCCUGCGUGCAAAAUGCCCAAGCCAGAGACCACCAAACGGGCCAGGCUGUCAACAAAACUUUUGGCCAGCACGCGCCAUCCCGACAGUCACAAGAAACUGAGACACUGUCGUCUCUAGAAGGGACAUCAUGUGGCAGCAGCGUCGCUGUUGGGGUCAGUGCUAGUAACAUCAAGGAGUCGGCUGUCAGCAUCGGACUCGGGUACUGUGACGAGAAGUGA